AUGCAUGGGAGGGGCGGCGCCGUGUCUUCUGUGCGCGAGGGAUCGUUUGUGUACACGUCGCCCAUUCUUUUCCGCCGGAUGGGGUUUUGCAAGGGCGGCGGGCCCACGGCUGUGGAUGCCCUCGCGAGUCCCCAGCGAAAAUGGCAGGAGGGACCGAGCGGGAGGAACGAGGGGAACGAGGGGGUGGAAGUUGAAAAGAAUUCACCGGCUCGGCCGUGGCGGUCUGGCAACCCCCCGUCGACUGCUUCUUCGCCGUCCCCCUCUCCUAAAAAAUCUUGCGGGUUUCUUCUGACCGGUCCGCAAAAUGAUCACAGGGGCUUGCUCACAUCAUCAAUGAGUUCAACAGCCACGAACGUUAAUUUGGCCACCACAACCGCCGCGGCUUCUUCUUUUGGUGCCUGGAAGGACCACCAAUACAACAUUCCCUUGGAGGGAGCGGCAUCGUUUCAUGAGCAGGUGCGGGAUAUGUUUAGGAGACGUGUGGCACUGGAUGCCCCCGCGAAUGGUUCGAAUUUGCUAAACGUUAAGGAAUCCCCGUGUGAUGGUCUCUCACCGUUUCAGGCAAAUGGAGUGCCGUCAAGGCUCGCGAAGUCGCAAGCGGAGUGGCCGUCACAUGACGGUUUCAUGGCGUCUAAAUGGGACAUGACAGAUCGAAUAGAACACACGACACGAAAUCAGGCGUUAAGUAUUCUUCGUACGGCGCUGUAUGGAAUUCCCUCUUCGGGUGUGAGGCAAACGGGCUUCACUGGCAAUGCCACAGACGACGACGAGAUUGCGUUUGUUUCUCUGUCAUAUUCUUUUGAGGCGGAACUGCGUGGGUGGCUGAUUCUCGAGCAUGCAGAGGUGUGGUUAGAGGAAGACAUGGCACGACAAAAGGUUUACAUGUGUGAGGACCAUGCACGUCGUAUCAUGCAGAUGGAGGUGGCAAAAGAAAUUCGUGUUGAAAAAAAUAAGAGGCGACAUGCUGCACGCAUGCGAGAGGCUUCAUCGCAUUCUGCCGAGUUGGCUGAGGAGGAGCGGGAUACACUUCUUGCCAGUAUUCGGGAUCUUGAAGCGGAGGAGGCGAAACUCCUCAAGAGUGUUCAUUGUAUAGAGCAGCAGGUUAAAUGGAGCCAGCAGAAUCUUUCCAUUCAGGAACAGGAAACCCUUACAGGCAUCAAAAUGGAGCGUCAUGAGAUGAUUAGUCAGUUGAGGCAACUUGAGGUGCGUCUGGAGGAGGCAAUAGAGCAACGCAAACGAGCGGUGUUGGAUGCGACAUUUGGGCAAAGUGAAGGCUUUCUUCUCACCUCCUCUGUGCCUCGCUGUCGUGUCUCUCAGGAAGGCGAAAUAGAAGACGGCUGUGGGCUGCACCGGAAAAAUCGAGACUUGACUUUUUCCCGAUCCAGUGCCACGGGGAGUUUGCGUGGACGCAAACCUGGCUCUGAUCCCGCGGGAAUGUUAUAUGCACCUACCGCAAACGGCUCGAUGAUGUCCUAUCUUGACGGCAAAACAUCUUCGAUGGACAUUUCUUCUCUACCCACACUUCCUGUGGUUUCUUCUUCCCACUCUAUUUCCCUGAACAGGGAUGGAAGAGGGGCUUUUUCUAGGGUGAUGCGAGAGGCAAUGGAAGCGGCGACGGCGGCAUCCACGCUCCCGCACAAAGAAUACUUACCACAGUCUUCGCAUUAG